UAUCAUCCCCAGUUAGUUGUUCACAGCUUAGCAAGCUGUGAAACUUCAGCUCCCUACUUCCCUUGCAGCAGUGAAUCCGAAACCCGGUGCAGCACAUUCGCCGUUCUUCGCACCAACUCUCGCUUCUCCUCCCUCUCCAACCUGAGCUUCUACCUGGGCAUCAACAAGUUCGUGGUAGCGGACACGAAUGGCUUCUCUGCAGACACUGAGUUCCUCCCUAGGGACCUGCCUCUGCUGAUCCCUAUCGACUGCAAAUGCAACAGUGCUGCUGGUGUCUUCGAGGCCGAGCUGACGAAGACUGCCAUUAAGGGAGAGAGCCUUUUCGGAAUCUUGGACUCCCUUGAGGGCUUGACCAGUUGCCAGGCUAUCUGGGAUAAGAAUCCCCGGGUACUGCCCUGGAAUCUGGGUGAUGGGAUUUCCUUGACGGUCCCGAUCAAGUGCGCGUGUCCCACUUUCGAUAAAAGUCCAGGGACGAGGCUCCUGAUAACUUAUCCCUUGGCCAAGGGUGACUCUGUGUCUACCCUAGCCUCAAGGUUUAAUACAACGCAAGAAGCCAUCAUUCUCACGAAUAACAGGACAUCCGGGGGCUUCUUCUUCGACCCUGAGAGGUUAAGUCCGCUAACUUCCAUUCUUAUCCCGCUAAACAAUCAGCCUGCAUCUCUCGAUAAGCCACGAGACCCGAACUUAACUUUCCCAGGUUCCAGCAUUCCACCAGUUAAUCGACGGGGUAAGAGGAGGAAGAUGUGGAGUGCCUGGAUUUACAUUGCCCUGACCGGGGUUGCUGUUGGGAUAUGUAUUGCUGUUGCGGCAGUUUUCACGAUUAUCCAUCUCAAGAGAAGGAGGGACAAUAAUCACAGCUCAGGAAAGAAGCCUGGUGGUUUAGUGGAUGAUGUCGAGCUCCAGCAGCUCAGUCUUAGCAUCCGAACCACAAGUGAUAAGAAGGUCUCAUUUGAGGGUUCAGUCAUCGGGACGACUACCCCGAGGAACAAGGUGCUCCUUGAGACGUUCACUCUUGAGGAGCUAAGGAAGGCCACUGAGGGAUUCAGCGCAAGCAACCACAUUGGAGGAUCUGUUCACCAUGGCCGCCUCGGAGGGAAGAGCCUUGCAAUAAAGAUUACACGACCUGAAACAGUGGCAAAGGUUGAGUUUGGCCUGUUCAAGGAUGGGAGCCACAAGCACCCAAACAUAGUCCGGCUGCUAGGAACUUGCCUCAGCGAAGCGAGUGCCGAUUCAGACUCAUACUUCGUCUUUGAGUAUGCAAAGAACGGGUCAUUAAAGGAUUGGAUCCAUGGCGGGCUUGCAAUCAAGAGCCAGUUCAUUGCCUCGUGCGACUGCUUCCUGACCUGGGCCCAGAGGCUGAGGAUCUGCCUCGAUGUGGCCAUGGCCUUGCAGUACAUGCACCACAUCAUGAGCCCAAGCUACAUACAUCGCAAUGUUAAGUCUCGGAACAUAUUCCUGGAUGAGGAGUUCAAUGCGAAAAUUGGAAACUUCGGUAUGCCGGUCUCUCCGGAGGAGGGAGAUCCAGGGCCUGGGCCCAAUUGUAGUCAGGCCUACUUAGCUCCAGAGUUUGUCCGGCAGGGCAAGAUCUGCCCGAGCCUCGAUGUGUUUGCCUACGGGGUCGUACUCCUCGAGGUGCUAACAGGACGGCCCCCAGUGAUUGGGGCCAGCGAGGGCGGAGGAGAGAAGGGGAUCCACCUCUCAGAGAAGAUUAAGUCGGUGCUGAAUUCGGAGGAUGCAGAAGGGGAGAUCCGGGAAUGGAUUGAUGGUGCAAUCGGGGAUAGCUAUCCAAUCGAGGGAGCUCUUCAGCUGGCAAACCUUGCAAGGGCCUGCACGGAGGAAGACCCGACCUUGAGGCCGAGUGCAGGAGAGGUGGUGGAAGUGCUGCUGAGGCUGGUCGAUGAGUUGCCAGCCGCACAGGGAGAGAGCUGCCUGAUGAGUGAGAGCUCUUCCAAGCCUUUAGUGAAGGCUGCUGCUUCGAACUCUGCCAUCAACCAGUAACUACAAGGUGACAGAAUAAAAAACAGGCUUUCGCUCUGUUUAAAUCUCAUCACUCAUCAGGGAUGGCGUGUAAGAUUAGUCUCAUCUAUCCGUUGCACCAUUCAUGUUGAUCUGA